AUGCCUCCUCGUUCACGAGUCAGCUGUCCUGGCUACAAGCGGCAUCUCAAAUGGAGUGACAAACACGAAGUCUUCAACACCUGGAGACCGAAAUUGCAUCUUACACGAGACUCAGCACCGCUCCCGCUUCCGCUCAAUGCAGUCGACAGUCUCAAUUCAACCGAACCAAACCUGCUUGUAGAAGCAUUUCAGCCAACACUGAGAGGACCACCAACCCAUAUUGCUCCCACAGGAUCCCACGCCUCGGCUACGGACGCGGAGUCCUCAUCUCAGCAGACACCACCCCAGCACACCAACCCGGACCCCGUUGCUUUUUCGCCUGCCGUAAACAAUAAUGACAACGACAGAUCUACCGCAGACAUCUUGCGUGAAGAUCUUCGCGAGUGGUUGACAAGCCACGAGCCGAUGACACUCUUGGAACAACAAGACUGGACUUGGACGCUGGACGGGCCUGCGUUGGACUGUGACCAAGCUUCGACAUUUGUGACCACGCUAGACUGCUGGAACGCAGCCGCGUCACAGGGUAGUGAGUUCAAUCAAGCCUUGGUACGGUACUUUUUCGACAACCUGUGUUGUAUUCACACUGUGCUCGAUGACACAGCGGAGCGUUUCAAAGCCCUAGUCCGUCGCUAUCUCAGCACGUCUCCACUCCUCCACAAGAGCGUCGUGUGUAUGGCUGCUGCCCACUGCUUCCAGGACGAUGAGUCCAUGCUCUCCACGUGCCUCGAGUGUCACACCGCCGCGGUCAGGUCCCUAUCAGCGGCAGUUUUCCAGAUCGAGACAGUGCUUGAGCAAUCGACAGACUCCCCCCCGAAAUCGGCAUUGUCCGACAAGAAUAUGCUGCGCAAACUGGAAGAAACUUUGUUGGCAUCCAUCAUCCUAGGAUUUUGCGCGCCUUGGUCCGAUCCACAAGACCUUGGUCUACCACACCUCCGUGGAGCCAGGAAAUUGUGCGAAUACCUGGUCAACUACGUCACCAUGGACGGCAAGGCCCCAGAAAAGGCGUUGGCGAACACUGAUCACCACUUCUUGAUAGGGGCGAUGUCUUACUGGGAAGCCUGCAUGGCUUUUGUCGUGGAUCAGCCCAAGGCCGUGGUGCAAUACCUGUACCCGUUUUGUCUGCCCACCGAGACGACAUACAUCCAUAUGUUUGCUGGAAUCAGCCUGCCACUAUUAGUCACGCUCGCUAGGGUCGGCAUCUGUGUUCGCCAGAAUAGGACUUUGAGAAACAUGGUUGGGGUGGGCUGGAAGGAUCGAGAAUCCUAUCAAAUUCUCGCUUCCGAGGUCACUCAAGAUGCAAUCGAAUUGGCCGAAUAUGCCGUCGACUACCAAAUCCCUGCCGAUGAGACUUUCGACACGAAAACCCUUGGUUCCUCUACCUAUCAGCAACUCAAAGCCUUUUCGCAAAUGUGUAAGUUUUCAAUCUUGCUCGAGCUACAACGAAACUUCCCCAGUCUCCUGGACUCCCAGCUUGACGAUGCCGAGGCCACAACACCCGAAACUCGCCCUUUCCCACGAACAAUAAGCCUCGAUCGCUGGUAUUUUGAUCUGUCAGGAGCAAUCCUCAGUCACGCACAAGACAUUCCAGAAGGGUCCACGUGUGGUUUGUAUCAAACAAUCCUGCUGAUCAUAUGUGGGAGCGUCCUACGAGCCUCGAAGGAUUCAAGGUCCGCCUUUCCUUGCCAGUUAAGCUUGCGUGACAAAACGGAAACCCAAGUGCUAUCCACACUUGCACGACAAGAUGAGCUCGACAAACGUCGCGCCUUUAUACGACGGCGGUUGCAGUCGAAUUGCGCAUCAUUCGGCCUGCGCCAAGUCUUCUCCAGGGCAGAACUGCUUUUGGAGGAUGUUUGGAGGGAAUUUGAUGCUGGCACAGGCGAGGCCGAUGACCUUCGGUCCAGUCGUCACUGGGUCGACGUCAUGGCAGAUCACAAGUUGGAAACAUUUUUUGGUUGA